UGACUGCGAACUACGGCUGCCCGGUCGCUAGUGUCGUGGCGGCCCCCAGGGAGAGCGGCGUUCAGGAGCGUGGCCGAUGUUCCGUGCCGCGGCAGGGACCUCAGGCCGGCUUCCCAAGGCAGAGGAUUAGGCGGCGCCUCUUGGGCGCGCUCGCCCCCCUGUCCGCUCACCGGCCAUGCACCCGGCUUUGGCCGUGGUUCUGGUGUUUGCCGGCUGCUGCAGCAACGUAGUCUUCCUUGAACUCUUAGCCCGGAAGCAUCCAGGAUGCGGGAACAUUGUGACGUUUGCACAGUUUUUAUUUAUUGCUGUAGAAGGUUUCCUCUUUGAAGCUGAUUUGGGAAGGAAGUCACCAGCUAUCCCACUAAGAUAUUAUGCCGUAAUGGUGACCAUGUUCUUCACCGUCAGUGUGGUCAACAAUUACGCCCUGAAUCUCAACAUUGCCAUGCCCCUGCACAUGGUGUUUAGAUCGGGUUCUCUGAUUGCCAACAUGAUUCUAGGGAUUAUCAUUCUGAAGAAAAGGUACAGUGUAUUCAAAUAUACCUCCAUUGCCUUGGUGUCUGUGGGGAUAUUUAUUUGCACGUUCAUGUCAGCCAAGCAGGUGACUUCUAACCAGUCCAGCUUGGGGGAAAGUGAUGGAUUCCAGGCAUUUGCGUGGUGGUUACUAGGUAUCGGGGCACUGACUUUUGCUCUGUUGAUGUCAGCAAGGAUGGGCAUAUUCCAAGAGACUCUCUACAAACAAUUUGGGAAACACUCCAAGGAAGCUUUGUUUUAUAACCACGCCCUUCCGCUUCCUGGUUUCAUCUUCCUGGCCUCUGAUAUUUACGACCAUGCAGUUCUGUUUAAUAAAUCUGAAUCGUAUGAAAUCCCGGUGGUCGGCGUGACGGUGCCCGUCAUGUGGUUCUACCUCCUCAUGAACGUCAUCACUCAGUAUGUGUGCAUCCGGGGCGUAUUCAUCCUCACAACGGAAUGUGCCUCCCUCACGGUGACACUCGUUGUGACUCUGCGCAAGUUUGUGAGCCUCAUCUUUUCCAUCUUGUACUUCCAAAACCCCUUCACCAGCUGGCACUGGCUGGGCACCUCACUUGUCUUCAUUGGGACCUUGCUGUACACAGAGGUGUGGAACAGCCUGGGAACCCCAGAAGGUCAGCCCCAGAAAUGCCACAAGAAGAACUGAGGUCUGCCUGGAAUAGAUAUCCCAGGGUCGGAGUGAGAGAGGGGCCUGGUAACUCUCCACGUCACGUCAUUAUCCCUAUUGGACCAGAGGAGCCUCAAAAGGGGAUGUCUCAAAUUUCUCAUGGCCCUAUAAACAACAUUUGUAGAGACUUGGAAUAGAAAUCCUGAACUGUAAAGUAGAAAAGAGGCUGGUUCUGUACACAGAACAACGCUGUUUACCAAAAAUAUUGGGUACUAGUUUUGAAUUCCAUCUCCCCAGAGCUACUAAUUUUGUAUCCACAGUGUUGAACAGUUACAUCUUCUGUUGCUAUUCUGAUGAUUCCCAUCUGUGACGUUGUUUUCUCCUGUCACCCUUUCCUUCUCAGUACCCCAUGCAGUAAGUCACACCAUGGGCACCAUGGUCAAGGGGAGCUGAGGGAGCAAGGAGCGUAUCGCACUGGGCCCUUAGGGACUGGGCUUCCUCCCACAUUCCGGGAAAGCUGUAGUUUACCCUGUGAGCCAAACAGGACCACUUCCUCCCACCUUCCCAACUUUGCUUUCUUUCUCCCAUUCAAAAAUCAGCUGCUCUGCCCAUCUUUUGCUUUUGGUGCUCAAAGAGUCCUACAAUGGAACUCAAAGUGCAGUGCUGGUAAGAAAGGAAGGUUCUGUGUGGCUUGCACAAGAGACCCCCUAGGCCUUGCCAUGCAGCCCAUUAGCUUGUGACUGGGAUGGUGAGGGGAGUGUGGCCCAGAGCAGCUGGCCCUGCUCAACACCUAUGGGCACAGCCAGGCUCUUACAGGAUGACCAAAUGAGAAAGGGGGUCUCUUGAAGACUUUGUAACCAAUAGUCCUAAUUGGUUAAGCUAAAGAGCUAGAUUGUGUGGGGAUGCAAUGUGCCAGGCAGGUCAAGUCAAAACUAUAGCUGUGAAUUCUCUUUUUGGCCCCUAAGGUUUCAUGUGUUCGUGUUGGGUGCUGGGGGAAGGGUUUGUUGUAAGGAGAAAUCCACCUGUUUUUGCUGAUCCUGACACAGGCUUGGAUUCCCUCCAGGGAGAAUCUAGAGAGGGGAAUGCUGUCAGUGGGGCAUGGUGUGCGGAAGUCAGUGUUGUUCUGUUUUCCCUUUCUUCACUUAGCCACUGACUUCUAUUAACCUCACAUACGAGCAUCCUCUCCUGGAAACAGUAAGAUUUCCUUGCUUCUGCCUGGAGAAAAUGGCCUGGCCUUUGCCUGGGUGCAGGUUGUGUUCCCUGAGAUGCUCCCAGGCAUGCCGAACGUGAGGAUGUGUCCCCGCCAGGUCACUUGAGGAAGGUGGUGAGGCUGCCUCAGCUUCUUUGAUGCCUAAAACGUGGCAGGUAUCUUCCGGACUCACCUACAGCCCACUGUGUCAUUCUGGACGUUAAACACUCGCCACUUAGGCUCACCUCGAGAAUGCUGACUUCUGUGGGAACCCAUUUCCUGGGCUCAAAGCUGCUGGCCUUGAAAUAACAUGCAGUUCCUUCCUCAGGCAGAUGGUGUCGCGAAUGCCUUCCUGAGCGCAGCAGAAGCUGCAUAAUCUCCUCGCACUAGAAAAAAUUCCCUGGGAGGUAGUUGGCUGCUAUCCAGCACAGGUUCUUGGGGGUUCCUUAAUAGGCUGUCACCUUUCAUAGCACAGUGUCACCCUUCUGAUGUUGAAGGGACGAAUUGGUUUUUUUGUUUUUUUGGUUGAGACAGGUGAAGGCACACAGACUGCGUUUAACUGGGCCCUUGAGGCUUUAGACUCUGAAUUUAGAGCUUUGUAACAUCCUCUAAGUGUGAAAAUCCCAGCCAUUCUUAACAGGGAUGAGCAUGGGCAGAAGAGGGGUCCUGACACUGGAGGGCAGAGAGCCUACACUGCCGUAGCACCUGCUUUUCUCCUGUUAGAUUUGAAUAGAAAAAAAUGUGUCUGGCACCAGUUAGUACUAAAAAAAAAAACACAACAACAACCAACCAUUCAGCAUAACAUGCACAUUCCUUUUGGUGGCCAGAUUUUGAUCGAAUACCAUUCUCAUGCCAACAGUGGGAGGAAUGUCUAGUAAGUGAACCUCUCCUUUCCCUUUGUGCUUCUCAAAGAGAGUGAUGACAGAUAAUCCGGCACUCCCCUGGUCGGACAGCAAGGGGCAGACCCCAGUCCAGAGGUGCAGGGUGUGUGGCCCUUGGUGUACACACAACAGCUUGGCUGGCAUGAUGAGGUACCGAGAAGACAGUGAUAUCCGAAUGAAGUUAGUUUAAUGUGACAUAUUCUCUACUAAAAUGCUGUUGUCACAUUAUAGAUGAUUUUUCAUUUUUUUAAAAUCAGUAAUUUACUUUCCUUUUCAUCCAAUCUAAAUAGCCAUUCGGCAUUGGACAAGCUUGUAUCCAGUUCUAAAGAUGCAGACACUGUCCAUAAAGUUGUGACAUUGUUUCCCUUCUUCCUGCCCAGUUAACUGAAAGGAAACAUUGCAAUAUUUGAAAUUGGCUAGUGGUGUGAGCAGAGGAAAACCAUAGAAGCUGAACUGAUUUGUGCCACAACCCUCCUUCUUCUAGCAGACCUCAUCUGUUUUCCUAAAAAUAUCCCAGGAUAUUUUGAAAGGCUUCUGAUAAUCAGCUGAAGUCUUUGCAGGUGCACCCUCCCGCUCUUCUGGCCUGGCUUUGCUCCUGCCCCUUCCUGAGCACACCUGUGAUCUCAGACCUGCUUGCCUCUAGUCUUUGGGGCAUCUGGAUGUUUCUGUAGAUUUUUAUAGGGUAUUUAUAUCUGUGUACCAUGUAUUUUGUUAUAAAUUCUUACAAACAUUGAUAUUAAAGAAUGUGCAACUCUGACGGUAGGAGUAUCUGUGGGUGACUAUGUAGGUGUGAACAUGAAGAAAUGUAGCUGUGUUCUGUUCCAGCUCCACGUAAGGCUGAGUGACCAUUUCCCUCUAUAUUUGGAAAACAGCUUUCUCAUUUUCUCUUUUUUACCCUACCUCUGGCUGGCUCCACUCUGGUGCCAGAGGCAUAUGGAGAGAGUAGGAAGAGACAGGAGAGCAGCAUUAGUUCAGAAGGGAUUCAUUCCGUGGUCAGCAGCAGGACUGCCUGUGCUGGUGCAUAUGUUCACUGAUAUGUCUAAGCCAGGCACUGACCCGGGUUGGUUCACAGAUACGCAUGGAAAAGAACCACCUUGUGAGAACUUAAGUCAAGGAGCAAAGUUGUCAUUUCGUUUCUCUUUGACUUGAGGUAAAUAGAAUUAUGAGUAAUUCCAACCUUUCUCCUGAAAAGAAGGGGGAUGGGAUCUCACCAGUGGCACUUCGUGUUUGAAUAGAGAAUGGUCUGUACAGUCCUUGUUUAUCAGGGCUGCGUGUGAACACCAUGUGCAGAUGAAGGGCUUGGUCAUGAGCCUUGGUGGAGGAGAAGGGGUCCCUCUCGGCUUGCGCUGUCUCCUGCAGCUUCUUCCCACCACACAUUCCAGGGACUGGAGCGAACAGAGGUCGGAUCCUGUUUGUUGCUGUGUCGCCAGUCCUUAGCACAGUGUCUGAUUUAUGUUACAUGAAUAAAUGAAUGCCUGCCUGAGAAA